AUGGACUCAAGGCUCUCUUAUGUGGACAUGGUGGGUCCGGAUGAGCUCGAUGAGGAGUUUGAUGGAUUUCCCACCACGCGAUCACCUGAUGUGGUUCGUAUACGAUACGAUAGACUGAGGGCCCUGGCGGGCCGGGCCCAGACACUUUUAGGUGAUUUUUCAGCCCAAGGUGAGCGUUUAGAAGCUUUGUGUAAUUGGAGGGAUCCAAGGGCCACUGGGAUUUUUGUAUUGUUUUGCUUAGUUGCUUCACUGGUAUUUUAUGUGGUACCAUUUAAGAUCUUUGUGUUAGGGUCUGGGUUCUAUUACCUACGCCACCCAAGGUUCCGUGACGACAUGCCAUCUGUUCCGGUUAAUUUUUUCCGGCGUCUGCCUUCAUUUUCGGACCAAAUUCUGUAG